AUGAGUCAAGCGGUAGCAUCAGCAUCGGUGGAUCUUGAACCAGAAUCUGCCACAUACAUAGCACCAGGGAGCUACAGCAAUGCCAGUGCCCCUACUACAGGUGCAGGAGCAGGGUUCUUUGGCUGGAUCCGAGAGUCAGUUGGAGGGCAUGCUGUCUUGUCCAAGGUGGCUGAGAAGGCCAGGAGUGGCAUGAAUUCUGUCAUGAUGACCCUUGAUCCUCAGAUGAAGGAAUAUUUGACAAAAGAGGAAUCUCCCUUGUCAAUGGUUAACCUGGUUGUGGCCUCUGACAAGGAGUCAAAAGUUGGCCCCAUCAGAGAUGCAUUCUCCUCUUCCCCAUCUCGCUUGCACUUCUCUGUCUCUGGGAUGGGUACACAGGCAGUGUCAAUUGCGGCCCAGCCAGUGGGGGCAGCAAAAGCCAGGAAGGCAUGUGAGGAACGCAUAGGAAAUCUGAGACGCAGUGGAAUGGUGGAUUCCAACGCACCCAUCAUUGCUCUGGAGAAUUUUAUCAUCGAGAUGCUGCCUGGACAAUGGUAUGACAUGGGGUGCUUGGUUCUGGAGGAGCCAGGUCUCAAGGAAGGGAUCCAGGUGUUCACCCAGGGCACCCCAAUCCCUUAUGAAUGGGUGCAGGAAUUACGUGAGGGAACCCCACAUGACUACCCUCCACGAUGGUCCGGGCUUGCCAUCACCAUUGGACAAGUUGCUGCCAAACAUCUUCAG